GGUGGCCGGCCGCCAGUCUGCGGACGGCGUCGGAGGAGGGAGCACGUCGCCUGCGCACGAGCCCGCCGCCACACGCCGACAGCGACCCGUCGCCCCAGACGAGCCGCCUCACAGCAGGUCCAGGUGUCGUGCCGCGUUCCGUGAUGUUCGUCCGCGGUCAGCGCUCGACCUGAGUCGUCCGCCGUGUACCGCUCGCCGCCCCCGCCGCCUGCACCGCCGCCGGAGUCUCCCGGAGCUCGCCGGAGCCGCCCGGACCCGAUGGACUUCCGGGCCGCCGCGCUGCCGCCGCCCGCCGCCCACAUGCCGGCGCUCUUCAGCCAGCCGCCGGCACUGCCGCCGCCGCCCCCGCCCAGCCAGGCCGGCCUCUUUCUCUACCCAGGGCUGUCGUCGCCGGUGAAGCCGCCGUCGCACCUGCUGCCCCCUCACAAGGUCUCUCCGCGGAACACAGCCACGGUGCCGCCGCUGCCGCAGAGCCUGGCACCGGUCACCUCGGUGGGACAGCCGCCGGUCUCUGCCGCCUCCAGCCAGGCCAACAGCUUCGCGGCCGCGCUCAAAUCGCUGGCCAGAAACGCAGGAGGUACCGAGACCAAGGAGCCAGCCGCGCCGUCUAAAUCCUCGCGUGACUCGGCGCCGCCGAUGAGCCCCAAGCGCGGCCCGCUGCACGUGCCACGUGCGCCGCACACGGACAACCCUCCGCCGGUGGUGGCCAUCGCGCCAACGCCCACCCACCAGCGCUCUCGGAUUACGCGCUGUUAA